CAGAUCGGAACAGAAUGAAAACACUAGCUGCUGUAAUUUUAAGCUGUGCUUUGGUGGCUGCGACGGCUGCCCAGCAGAGUUCAACAACACCUCAGCAAAGACAGUACCCUGCAGGAGCUCUCCCUAGACCAGUUGCUCUCCCUCCGCAAGUUCACUGGGGUCGCUGUCAGCAGCUAAAGCCAAGUGAAAAAGAAAAGGCCACAAAACAACAAGUUAUUCAACACUGUGUCCAGAGAUAUCCACCAAACUUCAAGGAUCCAAGAAACGUUACUAGACAAGAAGUUCAUGAACAUCGAACUAGUAUUACCACAUGCGCUCUUGAAACUGAAGGCUGGUUUGACGCUAGCGGCAAGUACGAUUACCAAAAAGCCAAAGAUGAAAUCAUUAGCAAAAGUUUGGAAUCAGAGGUGAGUACUCGAUUCGCAUUGCUUUUAAAGUUGCAUGAUUACUAUCCAGUACGUGUAACAAAGGUAGGUUUUAAAGUUGCAUGA